AACUAAGACUUACGAGAUCUAUGAAGAUGAUUUGUGAUACACAGUUAUUAUACAUAUGAAAGUGAAAUAAGUCGAUUGCAAUUAAAAGUAUGAUUUGUGUACAAUAGGAAGACUUAGUGCAAACCGAAUUUAGAAUGAAUGAAGUUAAUUAUACUUUUGGCACUAUUCGCAUAUGCAGGAGCGCGAAUUCCUAUUGAAAACUGUGAUGGUAUUGUAGUUCAUAACAUCAAACAUGAACCUCAAAUACUCAAAAGUAAUAUAUCGAGCCCGUAUCAAUUAGCGAUCGACUUUAACACGAACACUUUGUUCUUCAGUUACUCAAGUUCUGAUCCAGACAAGUCUUUUGAAUCGGCAUACUUCAAUCUGAAAACCAACGAAUUCGGAAUUAUAACUGGUAUCCAGGGAGGAUUCGCUAAUGCUGUGGACGAGCAUCGAAACAUUGUGUAUUUGGGUGGUCAAGACGGCAUAUACCAGUUUGAUUAUGAAACCAAAGCAGCUAAACGUUUAAAAGUUACCGAUCAUAACAUUUGGCAAUUGUUCUUCAAAAAAGAUUUGUAUUACUCGUCAUAUCCAGACGAACAUGUUUACGUGGUAAAGAAUGACCAACCUCAUAGAGUGCCUGAGCUAAUUGAUACGAAGGGAAUGUUAGUGGCUAUUGAUAAUUUAGACAACAUUUACUUUUCAAACUCAUCUGGACUAUUCGUUCAUAAGAAGAUCAAGAAUUAUAUUUCAUACGUUGGUGACUACAAUGUUAACGGUAUCACGUAUGAUUUGAAUGGUAAACUGUUCUUUUCUACUCCAGAUGGCUUAUAUUAUAUCGAUGAUAACACUAAACAAGUGGAAAAGCUUACUUCUAUAGAAAACGUGUAUGGAAUAGCCAUCGAAGCUGACGGGAGCAUUAUAUAUGCGUCUGAAGAUAAUCUUAUUAGACUAAGACCAACGAAAACGUAUUGCUUUAAUAACGAAAAGAAAAAUCACUAAAAGCCUUCCUAUUCAAUAAAAUUAAAAUGAGAAAGAUUUGGCCUCUUGUAAUGAAUAAUAGCUACAUAAUUUAUAUGAUGGUUAAAAAGAAAAAUAUUUUUUUAUAUUUUAUUAAAUUAAAUGUUCAUUAAUUGUGUAUAAAUGUAUAUAAACGUUGUCAAUUAUUUUCAACUUUAUUUUAGUUAUCUAAUGUGUACCUAAUUAUAUUUGUAUAUUUCAUAUUUCAGCAAUAUCAUAAAAACUACUGAUCAUAUUUGCA